AUGUAUCUUCACCAUGCAGCAGUACUAGAGCCCUUCAUCCUCCACCCUAACACAUCCACAAUGAAAUUCCUAGGAGAUGAUAAGCCAUUCCACCGCCUAUUAUUUUCUAAUUUCCGACUUUUGUUCAUUUCCAUCAUCAUCCUUGUGUUGCUUUCUUUUUCCCAUUUCACUGCUUGUGAUUCUUCUUCUGCAGCUCCAAGAGAAAAGGAAAGAGAGGCUCUUUUAAAGUGGAAAGCUAGUCUUCACAAUCAAACCCAAUCUCUUCUCUUAUCUUGGGCUCCAAACAGCAGCAGCAGCCCUUGCAAUUGGGUUGGGAUUCAUUGCAAAAAGGGCAAUGGAAGUGUCACCCACAUACGCCUUCAAACUGUUGGUUUAAGAGGUACACUUCACAAUCUCAACUUCUCAUGCUUCCCUCAUCUCCGCACCAUUUUUCUUUAUAACAAUUCACUCUACGGGACUAUCCCCAACCACAUCGGUACCCUUUCCAAGCUCACUUACCUUGACUUGUCUUUCAAUUUUCUCUCGGGGUCAAUUCCAUCUGAGAUAGGAAAACUGAUGUCUCUCAAUGUGAUAGCACUCGCCAAGAACAAUCUCACAGGUCCAAUCCCUGCUACAAUGUGGAACUUGACCAACUUGACCCUUCUAUGCCUUUAUCAAAACAAACUUUCUGGAUCCAUCUCUCAACAAAUUGGAGUGUUGAGGUCUCUUGUCAAUCUCCAAUUGUCAAACAAUUAUUUUACAGGUUCAUUACCCACCUCAUUAGGGAAUCUAGGCAACUUAACCAAAUUGUACGUUCAGGCAAACAACCUCUCCGGAUCCAUUCCAUCCAGUAUUGCAAACUUGACCAAGCUAUUCCAUUUGGAUUUGGCCAUAAAUCAUUUGUCUGGUUCUAUCCCACCAGAAGUAGGAAGGCUAGAAUUCCUCGAGCAUCUAAGUUUGUUCACAAAUAAAUUCACUGGCUCUGUACCUACAGAGUUGAGUAAUCUUACCCAUUUGAGAAUGUUGCAUUUAGCUGACAAUGAGCUUACUGGUCAUUUACCACAUAACAUUUGCCUUGGUGGAUCACUUGAAUAUUUCUGUGCAUGUGUCAACAAUCUCACAGGUCCAAUCCCUGACAGCUUGAAAAGUUGCACUAGCUUAUACAGAGUUAGGCUUGAAAGAAACCAACUUUCUGGAAAUAUGUCAAACGAUUUCGGCAUAUAUCCAAAAUUGGAUUAUAUCGAUUUGAGUGAUAAUAAACUGUACGGCGCGCUUUCUCAUAAAUGGGGCCGGUGCCACAAUCUAACAAGCCUAAAAGUGUCCAACAACAAUAUUUCUGGUCAGAUACCACCUGAAUUGGGAAAUGCGACUCAGCUUCGUAUACUUCACAUCUAUUCAAAUCGUCUUGACGGAAAAAUUCCAAAGAGUUUAGGAAGGUUAACCUCAUUAAUAGACCUUGAUUUAAGCAACAACCGACUUUCAGGUAGCAUUCCUUUGGAAAUUGGUGGGCUAUCAGACUUGGAACGUCUUAAUUUGGCAGCAAAUAAUCUAAAGGGCUCAAUUCCAGAACUAUUAGGAGAGUGCGUGAAACUAUUGUAUUUGAAUUUGAGCAGAAAUAUUCUUGCUGAAGGUAUUCCUUUUGGCCUAGGCAAUUUACACUCUCUUGAAAACCUUGAUGUUAGCCACAAUUUACUAAAAUGGGAAAUACCAGCCCAACUUGGACAAUUGAAGAAGUUAGAAGCAUUGAAUCUCUCCCACAAUAAGCUUUCUAGAUCCAUUCCAUUGACUUUUGAAGGUAUGUUAAGUUUGACUUUUGUUGAUGUAUCAUACAAUCAGUUGCAGGGUCCUGUUCCAAAAAAUAAAGCCUUUCAAGAGGCUCCGUUUAAUGCAUUUAGUAAUAACAAAGCUUUGUGCGGCAAUGCCACUGGUUUGAAGGCUUGCGCCCCCACAACGAACAAUGAUGCUAAUAAGGAGGAGAAGAGCAACAAACUUGUGAUUUUGAUCAUAGUCACUCUUUUAGGCAUUUUACUUUUUUCAUUUAUGGUUGUUGGGAUUUUUUACCUUCUUUACCCCAAAGUGGGCAGUGUAGAAAAUGAGCCAAGAAGAGUAAACAAUGAGAAUUUAUUUGCAAUAUGGAGCUAUGAUGGAAAACUGGUGUAUGAAAACAUCAUUGAAGCAACAAAGGACUUCAGCUCUGAUCAUUGCAUUGGGGUAGGAGGAUCAGCAAAUGUUUAUAAAGCUCAGUUGCCGAGUGGUCAGGUUGUUGCUGUGAAGAAACUUAAUGCCCCGGAAGAUGAUGGUGUACGGGCUACUGAUCAAGAUGUUUUUACAAGUGAAAUCAGAACAUUAGCAGAAAUACGUCAUCGGAAUAUUGUGAGGCUUUAUGGUUUUUGUUCGCACCCACGACACUCGUUUUUGGUUUUCGAGUUCUUGGAAGGGGGAAGUUUGCAAAAGAUAUUGAGUAGUGACCAACAAGCCUCAGAAUGUGGAUGGAUUAAGAGGGUGAAUGUGGUAAAAGAUGUGGCAGAUGCUUUGUGUUACAUGCAUCAUGAUUGUUCGCCUCCUAUAGCUCAUCGGGACAUAUCAAGCAAGAAUGUUUUGUUAGAUUUUGAAUAUGUGGCUCACAUCUCUGACUUUGGCAGUGCUAGGCUUCUAAAUCCUAACUCUUCCAAUUGGACUUCAUUCGCGGGGACCUUUGGGUAUGCUGCUCCAGAACUUGCUUAUACAAUGGAAGUGAAUGAGAAAUGUGAUGUUUUUAGCUUUGGAGUGUUGGUAGUAGAAGUGAUCAUGGGAAAGCAUCCAGGCGAGCUCAUCUCCUGUCUAUCAUCAUCAUCAUCAUCGCCACCGACAUUGGUUGCCCGAGAUAUACUCUUGAAAGAUGUGUUGGAUCAACGUCUUUCACCUCCAACGGCACAAAAGGCAGAGGAAUUAGUCUUUAUCACCAAGCUAGCUUUUGCAUGCCUGCAUGUAAGUCGCGAAUCUCGGCCAACAAUGAGAGAAGUCUCCACAGAGCUAUCGAAACGAAGGCCAACGCUGCAAAAUCCAUUCCACACGAUUACAUUAGGACAAUUGCUUGAUAUUGGAUCUUUAGCCUCCUGAACAUUUUUGCAUCUUUUAAUUUUUUAUGUUCUUGUGUUAUUUUUUCCACUUUUAAUUUUCAAUUUUAUCGUUUAUGUAUUGUAUUCCUUUGUCCUGUUUAUCUUUUGUGGUGAGGAUGAUGCCAAGAUUGUUGUAAGAUACAGUGCAUUUUAUUGCACAUCGUAAGACCAAUCCAAGUGUCUCUUAUUCAAUAACAUACAUAGCUCCUAUCGUAACCUGCUGAAGAACACAAUAUAGGGCAAUUCAGUGUUGUUGAGAU